AAAGCUUCCCGAGAGCCAUGGUUGGUCCAGACAGGCAAUCCGAGCACCUCAUGGAACCGCUGCUAACCGGGGGUGGGGUGGGGUAGGGUGGGGUGGGGAUGUCUGUUUGUAGUACUCUCAGUCCUGAUGUCACAGGCGCGGCAAGGACAUCGCAAGGAGGAGUCGGAUUACAGUAAGGAUGGGCAGUGCAGCAGGCAGCCCGAGCGCACGCUCCAGCUGCCGGGGAUCGUAGCCCGGGAAAGGCAGCCUGCAAGGCGCUCAGCUCACCGAGGACGCACGCUCGGCGCUCGCUGCUCUCCACGCCGGGGACGUUUCCGCCGAAUGUAGCAUGAAACGGCUCUGCUUUGCGUGUCAACCUUGGGUGCGAGCUGAUGCUGAAGACGCCGCGGUGGGGUUCCAGCUGCCUAAUUAAUGAGAAACAUAAUGUAUUUUGGUGGUACAUGCCAGAGCCCUGCUCUCCCAGCCCUGGUCCGUCCACCAGCCCCUCCUUUGCAACCAUCGCUGGAUAUUAAACCAUUUCUUCCUUUUCCUCUUGACACUGCAGCUGCAGUCAACCUCUUCCCCAAUUUUAAUGCGAUGGACCCGAUUCAGAAAGCUGUAAUAAAUCAUACAUUCGGGGUUCCUCUUCCUCAUCGAAGAAAGCAAAUCAUAUCAUGCAACAUUUGCCAGUUGAGAUUUAAUUCUGAUAGCCAGGCUGCGGCCCACUACAAAGGCACGAAACAUGCCAAGAAGCUCAAAGCACUGGAAGCCAUGAAAAAUAAGCAGAAAUCUGUAACUACCAAGGACAGCGCAAAGACAACCUUCACCUCCAUCACUACCAAUACCAUCAAUACCAGCUCUGACAAAACAGACAGUACCACAGGGACACCAGCAAUAUCAACGACAACUGUGGAAAUUCGCAAAAGCAGUGUUAUGACAACUGAGAUCACCUCUAAAGUGGAAAAAAGCCCCACGACAGCCACUGGCAUUAGCUCAUGUCCUUCUGCAGAGACUGAGGAAGAAAAGGCAAAACGGCUUCUUUACUGUUCCCUAUGCAAGGUUGCUGUCAAUUCGGCCUCGCAGCUGGAGGCACACAACAGUGGUACUAAGCACAAAACCAUGCUAGAAGCCCGGAAUGGAAGUGGGACUAUCAAAGCCUUUCCUAGGGCAGGCGUGAAAGGUAAAGGACCAGUUAAUAAGGGAAAUACAGGCCUGCAAAACAAAACAUUUCACUGUGAAAUCUGUGAUGUGCACGUCAACUCGGAAACACAACUUAAACAGCACAUUAGCAGUAGAAGGCACAAAGACAGAGCUGCGGGGAAGCCCCCAAAACCUAAAUACAGUCCUUACAACAAACUACAGAAGGCAGCACAUCCACUGGGGGUAAAAUUAGUAUUUUCAAAAGAACCUACAAAGCCAUUGGCUCCACGAAUUCUACCAAACCCACUGGCAGCUGCGGCUGCCGCUGCUGCUGUGGCAGUGAAUUCCCCCUUCAGUCUUCGGACAGCCCCAGCAGCGACACUGUUCCAGACUUCCGCCCUUCCGCCUGCCCUCCUGCGGCCAGCACCUGGACCCAUUCGGACCGCCCACACGCCUGUGCUGUUUGCUCCUUACUGAAUUCCAAACGGGAGUAAUUGUACUGCAAUAAUUUUUCAAAAAACAAAAAAAAACAAAACAAACAAAAGAGAACUAUGCAGUGUUUAUUUAUAGUUUAAAGUAUAUCUGAAGAGCCAGGACUUUUGAUAGUGAAUUUAAAAGAUUAUUAAAACAAAAAGGGGAGGGAGGGAGGUGUGGGAAUGGGAGGGCAGGGGUGGUAUUUUCUCCAAAUUAAAGCAUUCCUCUUGAACACUGAUUGUUUUAGAAGUGAUCUCCAGCAUUGACUUGUUGUGGUAUCUAGAACUUCUGAAGCCUUUGUGACUGUGCUUUUGGGCACCUAUUUCCCUCUGCAUUGUCCUUCCUGCUUUAUGAAACAACUAUAUAUUGUCUAAGGGCAUUAACUGGUUCCAAUGUAUAUAUAAUAAUUUACCCUGUAGAUUAAAAUAAUAGAAAAAAAACAGAAGAAAAAAACAAAAGCAACACUGUGAAUAGUAGUACCCGUGCUGGUCCUCUUGCUAUGACAGCAAUUACUGGGUAUUUAUCCCAACAAAAAUAGAUACAGUAGAUGUCUUGUAAAACAAUAGUGCUGUGUCUCAAUCUAUGCCACUAGGUUUUGAAGAAUUGCAAAGGUAGAACGAACAACUAUUUCAUGCCAGUAAGCAGUCAAAAAACAAAGCACACCCGAUGGUGUUGUGGAGGUCUCUCUGGUCCACAUCCUCCCCUCCUGUCCAGCUCUAAGACGACUUUCAGUUCAGAACAAUAGAACAGGGCCAAUCACAGAGGUGGGGGAGAUGUUAACAAAGACGAUUUCUUACCAAGUAUCAUCUUCCCACCUUGAAGCAGUAUUGCUGGAAAUAGGGAACUGUUUGUAAUGAACCUGGAUCUGCAAAAUAGAUAAAACCAUGCAUCAUGGGUGUCAAAAAAGAAAACGACACAACUCUUUUAUUUCAUGGAUAAGGGACAAUCAUAACCUAAGAUGAUAAGACAAAGUAAAAAUUUCUCAUGUUCAUAUCCAAUAAAGACAGAAUAUUGUAUCUCUGCAAUAUCCCUUUAUAUCAUACCAGUAGGGUUGUCUCUUAGGCAAACCUUUGUCUCAAAGGUGUCCGCUUUGAAUAUGAUGGUAGACAUUAGCUAUUGUGGGUUUUUUGUUGUUUCUUUUUAUUUCCUACUGACAUGAUAUAAACAAUUAAUAUAUAUUUAAAUGUUAGUAAGACAAGAAAAAUGAAUCUGAGUUAAUUGCAGACCAAGGAUAUAAUGUUAAAACAAAAUACCGGUAAGAUGCAAUUGACCAUCAUUUCUCUAGUGAAGUUGUGAAAUACUAAUAGCCUUUGAUAUUCACCGUAAGGCUGAAAGGAGUUGAUGUUUUACCUUUAAAACAAGAUUUAUCAGGGGUAUAUAUAAAUAUAUGUAUAUUGUAUAUAUGUUAGAAAGAUUAAGAGAAUAACUUAUAAAAAGAAAAUCUAUAUGAAAUAAUUAUAUAACCAUCCCGUGUUACAUGUUAUCAUUAAGUUGGUAACAAAUGGCAUAAAAAUAGCUGUGCCUUUAAUUUGUGAUAAAGGCUAUUUGCUUUUUCCCAUAGAAAGCUAACAUAUACCUAUCACUAUGAUGGGGUUUGAGGCAGCCAGUCUGUUAAUUAUUCAUAAGAACGGUGACACUCAAACUUAGAACAAUGAUAAAACAUGUACAAAUCAGUCCUACAUGAUUUAGGUUUAGAGAAAAAAAAUAUUUUUGAAAAGGUUUUGUAAAGAUUAUUUAAAAACAUAGGAAGGGCUGAGUAUGGCCUUCCUGAAACUGCUCUUAUCUAAACUGUACUAACCUUUUGAGAGGAUUCAAGAUGAAACCAUUUGAGAGAUAGGUAUUUAGCAUUUGUCAUUUUAUAUUUAAGAAACACCCAUAGCGUGCUUGGUGCUCGAUAUUAACCAUGAUCUUUGGAGUUCUUCUCUACCAUCUAGCUACAGACAUUUGUCAUAUAAACAUAUCUUUAAAGCAGUCAGCUUUAUAUAAUUUUUGUUAAACAAACAACCAAAACAAAAGAAAAAAGAAAGAAAAAAAAAAGAAAAAGGAAGAGGGCAGGCAAGCAGGAAGGAAGGAGAAGAAAAACUAUUUCAUCAGUCUUUGUUAAAAAAGAAUUUUAAAUUAUAUAUCUUGGUUAAACAUGUUGGUUAGCAUUAAAAAUUAUUUUUGAGAGUAUCUGGUGAUUUUGUACUUGCCAAUAUCUCUACUCUCUGGUCUUCGCCAGCAUUUUCUUUGUUCACCCACAGAUCUGCUAGUUCAGCCAAGUGAAGAGUUGUUUGGGACUCUGUAUCUCGUGUGACUAGAUUCUGACUGUUUUGAACUUUAGUUUUCCUUUUUCUGAAUUCUUAUCCAACAGCCUACACCUGAGAACACCUGCCUUUCUAUUGGAGAACUUAGUGUUAAUUGAUGCAGUCUCACUACAUGUGCUUUCGCUGUUCUCCCCUGUUUUCACCAAAGCGAAUGAGCCAGUCCACUAGAAGUCAGGGCCUAUGGGAUACAAGAGUCCUGGAUCACAAGGUGUUACUAACUUUAAUGAUUUGCUGGGAACAAACAAAUCAGCCAUAUUUCUCCAUCAGCCAUAUGAGAAAACUGAGAAAUACGUAAAUCCUUUCUGCCUCACUUCGCUAUGGAACCAUUUUUGUUUAAAUGGUCUCUUAAAUUGGAGUUGUAAUCAUCAGUUGUCUUUUACUCACUACCUAAUAAAGGAUGAAGCCUAACCUUAGAACUUA